AUGCCGACGGCCAUGUUAUUCUUCAGCCCCAACCAUCGAACGAUCCCAAUGAACCAUUGUCUGGACGUCGGAACAGUGACCUGGCCUUCCCUGGGAGAGGAGCUCGGUUAUGGAGACGGGUAUCUCACUGACAGCUAUGCGGCUGGAUUGGCCGGCAUGGCACUCGGGUGCAUCUUUUUCAUCCCUGCGGCCGACCUAAUCGGGCGGAAACCUGUAUAUCUCUUCGCUUCGUUGAUAAUGGUGCUGGCGAAUGUGGGUCAAGCGACGUUCCAGACCCGAACCCAGUAUAUCGUCCUACAUACGAUAGCGGGACUCGCAGGCUCAGUCAACGAUACUAUUAUUCAGAUGACUAUCGUGGAUCUUUUUUUCGUCCACCAGCGUGCAACAAUGAAUGGUAUCUAUACCACAAUGGUGGUCGUUGGCUCUCAUUCCGGCCGGAUACAUCAUCAGUAG